AUGUCUUCGGCAUCCACUAAGAAACAAAAUUACCGAUGCUACUGUCAAGCCUGCCAUGGAAAAGUAAAGCACCAACGAGAGGAAUUUCGGUGGAACAACAAAAUCACCUUCCAAAAUAAUCAAGGGGAUCCCGGGGAAUCCAAUUGGGAACUUGAGCCAUCUACCUCGCUAUCCCACCCCUUCGGUUCCUCUCACAGAGGGAUAUGCCCGCCGCUGCCCAUCGUUCCUGAUGCUCCGAGUGCAUCCCUGCCACAGGCACCAACUCACAGACCACUUGAGAUAGAGUCCAAGCAGCCCCAUGAUGAAGAUAUAUUUAACAUGGAUGUUAAUUAUUCUCAUGACCAGCAGUAUGAACUUACAUGCUCGGCAGGUCUUCUGACCGAAUCGCACUCCUCCCCCAGUGAUUCUGACUCAUCUAGCAGCAUCAAUCAGAGCUCUAAUGAGGCUGGGCCUCCUGCCGACAACUUUCCUGACGAUCAUGGCUCGGUCCGUGUUCAAACGGAAGUCUUGACUCUCCAGAAGCAAUCACAACUCAGCACUCAACAGCUUGAUCUCUAUGACAAUCCAGACGAUGGAGGCGAUAUCCAGAAUCCUCUUGCCUCCAGCAGAUUUGCAGCGGAUGAGUCCAGGACCUCUCGCGCUGCCCCCAUGCUUGACAUUCCCCCGCUUGAGCCUUGCGAGCCUGGACGGUCUUACUCAGAGUCGCACCACUCUUGGUUCAUGCGCAUGGUCUUGAUUCUAGUUUCUUCCCUCAAUAUCAAGUAUCAUGUCACUUUCUGCGUGUGCUCACUCAUCCUGUGGACAAUGCGGACCAUUUUUAUUGCCCUUGGACACCUCGUGCAGAACGACAAGAUGCUGACGCUGACAUCAGUAAUCUACAACUUCGAGCUGGAAGACAGGUUCCAAAUAUCCCCUGCCUGUCCGCGGGCCCGAUUCUACAUGUCCCCAUUGCGACGUAGGACUAUUCCAACCACGAAACCGGACAUUAUUCGAGAGUCUCACUGGGGGAUCUGCUCUGCGGCCACUGUACCAAUCUCCACUCUGUCAAAUCUUCUAGUUGGCUUUCUCGCAGAGGGCGAGAAUGAGUCCAUCUGCGAGCAGUGGCUUGACUACGAGCCCAGCAAGGCUGGUGAGUAUCACUUGAUGCUGGAUGGUGACGUGCUGAAACCACUACCUCGGCCUGCAUUAGCUCAAACAUGA